AUAACUCCGCGCCAAAUUAGAACCAAAACAAACCAAAAAAACCUUAACGGACAGCCUAAUUCUGCGAGGAUGUCCUGAAGACUUCUGUGCAUGAUGUUUCAGCAGGACUCGGUUCACUUCAUGAUGAUGGGAGGUGGUCAAACUCAGAAUAUAAGCGAAGGCCAUGGAUUUAAGGAACCGACGCAGCAGCAGGAGGAGAGGAUGAGGCAGACUGAGGAAGGAAACCCGUUCACCUUUAGUCCGCAGCUCCUCCGUCUCCACAGAGACCAUGAGCUGUUCGAGGAGGGAGAUGUUCUUAGACACCUGUAUCUACAGGACCUCUUCAUCUCAGAACCAGAAGAGCAGUCAGCGCCCAGUGUGUCAGAGUUUGCCUGUCACAUCUCUGGCUGUAGAGUCGUCUUCAGCACGCUGGACGAGUAUGAGCACCACUACAACUCCCUGCACAGACAUGUGUGCUGCUCCUGUCGCCGCUCCCUGCCGAGUGCCCGGCUCCUGGACAUUCACAUUCAGGAGUGGCACGACUCCCUUUUCACCAUCCUCGCCCAAAAACAAGACAUGUAUCUGUGCCUAGUAGAGGGAUGUGGACAGAAGUUUAAGACAAGUCAGCAAAGGAAGGACCACCUGAUAAGAGUUCACAAAUAUCCCCCAGACUUCAGAUUCGACAAAAACAGAAAGGAAAAAGGAACCAAAGAACCAAGAAGAGAGCAGAGGAAUGACACCGCCAUGGAGGCAGCAGACGAUGUUUGUAAGUCGGAGGGUGUUUGCGAGGUUAUCUGUGACGUUCAGUCCAACCGGCUUAGGCAGGACGAGUCCAUGGAGAUACAAGCGAGCAGUGAGGACGAGUUUUCAGCUUCAGCUCAGACCUCAGAAACAAAGACAGAACCACUGAAACCAAAAUACUCCUACAGAGUGCCUAAAACGGUGUGCUUCGGUCACGGCUCAGUCCGAGGCUUCAGAGGCCAGAGGGGCAAAAGGAAAUGAAGAACAACAACUCAACCCUUUGUUUCCGUCUUAUACUGUUGAAAAUUCACAUUUUCAUACAUUUUAUCUUUUAAUUGAUAAGUUCAAGUAAAAGUUUUUGUUUUAACUUUUUGAGGAGAAAGGAAAGUCCCUUCAUAUUGCUGGAGUUUGAAAAGCAAAGUUCAGAACCCUGGUUUAGAAUUUUGGGAGAAAAUGUCAGGUUCCUUUAUGUUUUGUAUAAUAAAGUUGAAUACAGGAUGUGUUUUAA